AUGGAAAUUAAGAAAGAAGACGAAUUGGAUGAUCUUUUAAAAGGCUUACCAUCUUCUGAUAAGUAUGAGACACUUAAUGCAGAGGUAAGUGAAAGCACCUAUGAUGAUGAUUGUAAAGUUCUAGGAAGUAACGAAACUAUUAAAAAUCUUUGUAAAAAGUUUUUGAGGAAUAUAGAUGCGUUACCUAAUUCAAACGGCAAUGAAAAAAACUACAAGGAUGAGCAUUUAUAUGUAAUUUAUUGGAUACUUGAUGAGUUACGAAGAAAUGCUAAGCCCAAUUCAAGACAUAUUAAUGGUACUAACAUUAAUGAUAUUGUUUAUGUAGGGAAUAUGUAUUAUAAUAAAACUCACUCAAAUGUUUUAUUCAGUGACUAUGACUUUGAUUUAGAAGAGGCAAAAAAAGAGAAAUAUUUACACGAUUACUUUACAAACUAUGAAAAAAUACUACAGUGUGAGAACGAUAAAUGCGAAAAAUAUUAUAAAUAUGUUAGUUAUAUUAGAGAUAUAUAUUACGAAAUUCAGCCGAUAUGCUUCAAGCUGCGCUGUGAUUAUUUUUUGUAUGACUCAAAGUAUGACCCGGAUGAUGUCUUAUCUAAAUUAGAAAAGCGUAUUCAACAGAAUAGUGUAGAAGAAAAUAAAAGAACUGAAACUUUGAGAAAUGGAACAGUACAGGAACCUGGAAGACCUAAGUCGAAUGUUGAUAUGGUAAUUAAAUAUGUGAUAUGUUACAAAAUACAGGAUGCGGAUACUACGUUAGUCAGAUAUAAAUGUGAAGACCCGGCAUACAGGCAACACACCGAAAGGGUAAUCCCUGGUAAAAAUAUUAAAAAAAUGGAGAUUUAUAUGGGUAACACAUCAGACGCUAUCCAGGAAAUUCCCAAUAAAGAUUGUAAAAAGAUUUACAGUAAUAAUAACACAUUUUAUGGGUUGAAUUGUACUAAAGAAUCUGAAGAAAGAAAAGAAUUAAAAAAUUCUGAAAAUGAUGCCACUACAGUUGCAGAUUCAAGUGGAAAUACUGGACAAGUUGUAGAUUCAACUAUAAGCAUUGAUGAGGUUUUAGACACGGAAAGGUUCGUGCCAGGAGUAAAACUGUUAUCCGCACAUCGUGAUGUAAAAAAUCUUAGAGGAGAGUAUGAAAAUGAUGAUAGUGAAACGAUUAUUUAUACCGGAAAGAAAGAUAAUUCAGUAACAUUUUUUCCAGAAAUUUCUAACGAAGAUCGGAAGAAGUAUGUCGACAGUGAAGUACCUGCUUGUGAAUAUUACAAAUUCAAACAAAAUAAAAUAUUUUGCGUAAACCCAUUAAAACCACAUGAAAUUAAUAAGAAUGGGGAAAAAAUAGAUAACAUACUUACAAGUAGAGGAAAUAAAGUGAUAAUCAUAGAUAACAGACCUGUCUUAAGUGCCAUGUUAGGCGAAAAUUCUACUUCAUUAAGCUUUGACAUCUUCCGUAUGAUUACCGUAGUUGCUGCAAUAAUUGGAUUAAUUUUUGUUCUUUUUAUUUAUAUUAAAGUAAGCAAGAAUGACGUUUUACUGCAUAAGCAGUUGUAUUAG